AGCCUUAGAUUGGAACUGAGGGGAAUUUGGGAGUUGCUGCCUUGGGGUGUCAGGGAUGUACUGCUAGAACUCAGAGCUUCCACCCUUCCAGUGCUACUAAGGAGGUAAGGACACAACAAUCACCCCCUCCAGUGCCCCUGGGCUGGGUUUGGGGGCUGCAGCUCAGAGCAGGGCUCUGUGACACGGUCAAGGUGUCCCAGCACUGUUCUUCUCCUGUGCCAUGUCCCAGGUGAAGGACAAUGUUUUCCCGUGGCUCUGGAGUGGCCUUGGAGCUCGACUCCCAGUCCAACUGCAGCCCUUCAGUGCCUGUACCAAGGAAUUCCCUCCUGGCACGGCCUCUCCCUCCCCCGUGGAGCUGCUCCCUUGCCCUGCUCGGCCAGGAGGACACCGUGGAGAGCUACACUGGGAGCUCCUGCGAGCAGGGGGUGGCUCUGCUGGACUGCAGCUGCUCGGCCCCAGACCCGCAGCUGGUGCGCAGGAUCGUGGCCCAGGUGGAGUUCUACCUGUCAGAUGAGAACCUGGCCAAGGAUGCAUUCCUCCUCAAACACGUGCAGAAGAACAAGAUGGGCUUUGUCAGCAUCAAACUGCUGACAUCCUUCAAGAAGGUGAAAUACCUGACCCGGGACUGGCGCCUCACCCUCUACGCCCUCAAGUUCUCGGCGCUGCUGGAGGUGAACAAGGAGGGCACCAAAGUGAGGAGGCGGCUCCCCAUCCCCGAGUACCUGCUGAGCGUCCCCCCCAGCAAACUGCUGCUGGCCUGGGAGCUGCAGGAGCCGGCCCUGCCUCUGCAGAAAAACUUCCUGGAGACCAUCACGAGGAUGUUCAGCCCCUUCGGUGCCAUCGCCUCCAUCCGCCUCCUGCGGCCGGGCCGCAAGCUGCCCUCGGAUGUGCGCAGAUAUUCCUCCCGGUUCCCCGAGCUGCUGAGCCGCUGCUGUGCCCUGGUGGAGUACGAGAGCCUGGAGAGCGCCCGCAGAGCCUUCGAGAGCCUGGGGCACCGCGACUGGCUCGGCAUCAGGGUGGUGCGGCUCUGCGGGAAGGGGGGCAAGAAGAAAGGCGGGGAGGGCUGGAAGGGGCCGGCGGCUCUGCCCUUGCCCUGCAGCCUCGAGGAUUCCCUGCCCAGCAGCUCUCCGGAGCCCGACGAUGCCUCGGGGUCGCUGUCCCUCCUCCCGAACCAGGAUCUGAUGGCACCGACCUGGCCUGGCAGCGACUUCACGGCUGGGAAUGACUCCAGCGCUUUCUCCGGCUCUGUCCUCAGCAGCAAAGGCUUCCCCCAGCUCGGGGCGGGCACCGAGAGCCGCUCCUGGUCACCCUGGGGCAGCCUCUGCCCCGCGGCCAAAGCUGCUCCCAGCAGUGUCCUGGCAGCACAGUGGGUGUCCGAGCCCCUCAGCCUGUGGGACCUGCGCCUGCCCCACAGCCCCGAGGCCACCAAGGGCUUCGGCAGCAGCUUCGGGAGAGGGGAGCUCGCCCUCCGGCGCUGAAACUCCUUCCAAUUCACGGUUAGGGUUUAUUCUUUUGUUUCUCUUCCCUUCUCUCGAGCAGAGGAAUUUUCUAUGGCCCUGCGAGCUGUGGGCAGUGGCAGUGCAGCUGAUCCAGGGGACAGAAGUUUUGGGGCAGGGACGAUGCUCGAGGCAGAUGCUGAGCAGCAGCAGGAGCUGUGCCAUGCUGUGCUCGUACCAGUGGGACUGUGCUUGCUCAGGGCCCAGAGCUGGGUUUGGGGUCCAGGUUUUGGAUGAGAAAUGGACAAUAAAGAGAGAUGAAGU